AUGGCGACGAGCUCAUCCAACGCGGAUUCUCCUGAUGAUGCCGUCGAAAUCUCCAGCCUUCUAAAGUUGUUACCCGCCUGUGACCGCUGUCGCAGUCAGAAGAAACGAUGCGACACUCGCUUACCUGCAUGCGCCAAUUGCACGCGUUCGGCCACGGAAUGCGCCUUUCACGACCACGUGUUGAACGAGAGAGUCUCGCGAGAGCAUAUCGAGGGUCUGCUACAGCUCCUCAAUCAAUUGCAGUCAUCGCCUUCCCGGGAGGUCAACUACGCCUCGCCGCUCCCUUCUUCCGACCCAACAUUCCACUUCGUCCGUGUGCGUGAUGCAUUUCGCUUUACCGGACCACGAGCGCAAGUCGGCGUUCAAGUCCCGCCAUCGACUCUAUCGACAUCAGUGCAAAACAUAGCAACAUAUCCGCCCCUGGAAUCUUCAAUCCAGCUCGUCAUCGGCCUACAGAUGCACCAAUUCCUUAUGAACAAGUACAUGACAGUGAUACACCCAGCUUAUCCCAUCCUGGAAGGGUUCUCGCAAGACGUCCGUCCCGCUGACCGCGAUAUGAGUCCCUGGGUGCGCUUCACUCUCUACAUGGUCUAUGCUAUUGGAUGUCAUUGUUUGCCGAAGAACGACAGCCGCUUUGUUCUUCUUUCGGAAAGUUGCUACCGCGCUGCACAGCCGCACUUUGAGAGCGUCAUGGCGGAGCUGGACAUCAAGGCGCUUCAAGCUGUGCUACUGUUGGCUGUGCACUGCCUGUUUGAUCCCCGAGAAGGUAAUAUUGGACAGCUGAUUGCUUUUGCCUACCGCUUGGAAAUCGAAAUGGUGGAGCAAGGUGGAGACGAAAUGGGGAAUGCUCUCUCUCGGCUGCGGAAGAUAAUCUUCUGCUUGGGCAACCUUGUUGCCAGCACGCUUGACAGGCCUGUCGGCUUUCAUAUCUUUGAUACGGACGAGCCGAUUUCAUUCGAAAUGGAGAUAGAGGGCGAUUUCCUCUACUCCCUAUACACAGCACAAGCUGCAGCUCGUCAAUCGCGGACGUACGAUAUGCCUUCGCGCAGCGAGCUAGAGAGCAUAGGAUGCUCGCCACUGACUCUAGCCGCAGCACACGAGACUAUUUUCCUUGUUCAAACAAGCGCCGCAUCGGCUCUGGCUCUUCUUGCUGUCUAUACUAGUGCAGACCACGUCUUGAACGUGUUCACUUCGCAUUGGGCGUUCAAAGCCACUGUGGUUCUCAUGUCAAGCAUGUCUGCACAGGAGAGGCAGACGGGCUAUGUGCAAGGGCUUCAAGUUCUGGAACGCUGUGCCUUGAAAUGGCCGAACUCAGAGGCCUUGCGGAACGUGAUUAGCGAAAGUUGGAUUUCGAAUCCCUAG